GGUGUGGACAGGACCGGCCCGGCCCGGCCCGGCCCGGCGCCAUGUGUGAGUCCCCGGGGCUCCGGGCGGCGCUGGAGGAGCGGCUGAAGGCCCUGGGCAUUGCCAGCGUCAGCGUGGAGCACCCCGAGGUAUUUACUGUUGAAGAGAUGAUGCCUCACGUAAAACAUCUGAAAGGAGCCCACAGUAAAAACCUCUUUCUUAAAGAUAAAAAGAAGAAGGGGUUUUGGCUGGUAACGGUUCUCCAUGACAGGCAAGUUAACUUAAACGAUCUUGCCAAGAAGCUGGGGGUUGGGAGUGGAAAUCUGCGGUUUGCUGAUGAGGCUGCGAUGCAGGAGAAACUCCAAGUUGGGCAAGGCUGUGCCACGCCGCUGGCUCUCUUCUGUGAUGACGGAGAUGUGAAAUUUGUCCUGGAUUCGGCCUUUGUGGAAGGGGGCCACAAGAAGGUGUACUUCCAUCCGAUGACAAAUUCUGCAACUAUGGGUUUGGACCCCGCAGACUUUCUCACAUUUGUGAAGACGACGGGACACGAUCCUGUAAUACUGAACUUUGAUGAAAACAAUUGAUUCCUCCCAGAGUGGUAAAUACAAAGUUGUACUUACACUUUGGGAACUAUCAAUUUAUCUUAAAUAUAAUUCUCAUUUACCAAUGUUUGAAGAUAAUCUAUCUUUCCUAAAUCGUCUGAAUGCUAUGUGCAGAGCACUGUUCUGAGCACUCAGUACAAUGUUUUGCACACAGUAAGCACUCAGUAAUUAUGAUUAAUUCUAAGCACUUGGGAGAAUACUAACCUGACAGUCUUUUUAGUACUUCAUGGUAAACAAAGAGUAAGAGAGAGGGAAAAUAUAUUUUUAGUUUAUAAAAGCACUCAUUUUUCUAUUCUGAGUCAUUAUCUGCAGUUUCCCUUCUGCAUUUACUACCAUUUAUAAUUUGUUCAUGUGUGCAUCUGUGCUCAUGUACUUCGUAUUGCAAUUAAAUGGGAGAGACUACACUGCUAUUGUAAAGCGUUGCCUUAGUCUUGCUUUAAAAAUACACUUGUAGCAAAUUCAGUACACCUUGUGUGAAUAAUAUCAAGAGUACAGCAAUUUCUUAGAUUUCCAUUUCAUUGGGGGAAAAAAAUACACAAGCAUUGAGGUUUUCCAUUAAAAUAAAUUUCUCAGAAAACGUGGAACCCUAAAGGACCUUACUAACUCAUAGUUCUAUUAUCCCCACUGCCUAUUUUCAGUAGUCUGACGAGGAAAGAAUGCAAACUAGUAAUUUUUUUUUAAAACCUGGUAAAUGGUUUAAUCCUUUUUUCUACCUGUGAAAAUAUGGAUUUGGGGAAUUUCUAAUUUAGGUAAAUGAUUGGAGAUGGAAAAAUUGAGGUCAGAAAUAGUCACUAUUGCAGUGAUCUCACCUUUCAACUGUUUAAAUUGGACUAAUGUUACAUUCUUAUGCGGGCUUUUUCACUACGGUGCCUGUUUUUAACUGUUGCUCAUUUAAAAGGCAUACAUGACUAUCGCCCAGGCUGGGCUAAAAUCCCAGAACCCCUUUUUUUUUUGAUGGACACUUCCUUCAACUAAUAGACUUCUAUUUUGGUCUGCCAGUCAUGCUGACUACACAGAUGUGAACAAACUAAUUACUGUUCACGUACAGUGUCGAUCAGGUUUCCUGUAUAAUGCACCCUAGAAAGGUUACUCAUUCAAUCCCACAUCCCUUGGGGCCGCUGGAUAAAUGUUAAAUAAGGAUCUUGACCUUUAAUCUGUAUUCCUUAAACUUGUAAUUUGGUGUAAAAUGGCCUCUGAAAAACUCCAAGAGAGCCCUGGAGACUGUCCAAUUUAUGUAAAUAUGCCAAGAUGUCAGCCAUGAGAGAAAACCAAGCAACACAUAAAGAACACUGGAGGAACAAUUCCCACAGCUACACUGUUUGAGCAUGUGUUUAAUAUUCUGCUGUGUUGUUCUUCACAAGCACUUAGUACAGUGCAUUUCGUGCUGUGGGGGUUGAUAAAUACCAUUGCUAUUACAACUAUUAUGUGGUUUUAUUUUUAAGAAUAGAAAAUAUUUAAAUGUCAACUACUGGUAUGGCCUUGUUUGUCAAGGAAAUUUCUCAUGAAUAAAAACACUCCUUAACUAGUUAAAGAAUAAUCAGAAAAGGAACAAAUCAUAAUACCCCCCCCCCCCCACCAAAACCCUACUCCAUCACUUUUUUACUUUUUUUGAAGAAUCUAAAAUUGUUUCAACCUGGUUGUGGCUGUUAGGUUUGAAUUUGUAAACUGAUUUUAGGGUAACAAAUUUUGUACUCCAACUGGCUGAAGUUGAUGGAUUUGAGGGUCCCCUGGCUUUUCUUCAAUUACAACUUAGCUGUUGUCAUUAUUUAGUGAUCAGUCACAAGCAAGUACACAAUGAGGAACAACAUAAAAUCCUACCUUUAUGCCGGGAAUUUUAUCAUCAUACAUUGAUGUCCACCACCAAAACAAUAUCUUCAUCUGAGAGCAGCCAAAUCAUGAAUGAAAUCCACCUACCAACACCCCUUCCAAAAAAUGGCCACCUUUCCGAGAGGCCCCAGGUCAUCUCCCUGCUCAUGUUGGUCUUGUCCAAUUCACUACAAUAGCUAAACUAGGGGUGCCCUCCCUCAUUUGUAUGUUGGCAUAAAUUCAUGGUCUUGCCUCCAAAUAUGAAGGAUAAAAUCCCGCAUAAGUGAAGUCUAUCCAGUGGUGCUCUUCACCCUUGAAAUACGGAAAAUAUUUUUUAAAAUUGCAGGAGAAGUGCACGCACUGGGUACAAGCAGGGAGAUUGCAUGACAUUUCUUCAUUCCCUCAGGUGGAGUUCACCAGGCGAGUCUGCCCAGCCCGGGUAGAGCUGGAGAGACACUGCUCUUUUCUGCUGGCAUAGCAGGGCUAAGUUCAAGGGGCAUCUCAGGCAAACAGAGGUAUGGAGUCGGGACUGAGCCCAGAGGUUUUGGCAGUGUUGAACGUUUGAGCCCCGAGAAGCACGACAGGGCCACUUAGUACAUGCUGUUACAAGAACAAACAUUCUAUAAACAUAACCAUAAAACACUUCCUGCAGAAGGAGGACUUCUCAACAUAGUUUAUUUACUUCUACUUAUGUGGGCUUUAAUACAAUAAUAAUUGUGGAAUUAUGAGGCACUUACUAUGUGCCAGGCACUAUCCUAAGCACUGAGUAAGCCUUUCAGAGAGAGUUGUUUCCUAGAUGGAAAGCAAUGCACUGUAUUUGCAGGAAUGAGCUGAAUGAGAGGCUGCUCUAUUCCAAGAUCAGAAAUAUUUUUAUCUAGCCUCAAAACUGAUUGGAUCGUUUCUUAUUUUCAGUAAUUGAAUCAGGAUACCUCCAAGUUUUACAGAGUAUUAUUUGGGCAAGUUGAGCCGAUCGGUAUUUUAAAUGAUAGUUUUUUUGGUUGGUUUGUUUUUCAAGCUAGUGUGCUAUUUUUGGCCUCUAACCUGCAAAGAGAAAUUCAUUAUGCAGUUAUUUCAUUUUAAAUUGCAUUAUUUCAAAAGGUGAACUUCAAAACUAAUUUUUUUUCCUGAGACUGAUGUUGAGAGUUGGAAUCUUCAUGAAAUAAAUGUGUAAACAAAACCCCAAUAGGGAACA